AGGAGUGUAAAUAACAUUUCCAUAUAUAAUUGUUAAAUAUUGUGCAUAUUGAAACAUAUACUUGUUGAAUAUUGUGCAUGGAGUAAUGGACAGAAAAGGUCUGUAAAGAAAAAGAUUAAAUUUAUGCAUUAUCAUAUAGACCUUAAUUAGUUUGUUGAAUAUGAAAGCAAAUUAGAUUAGAAUUCAAAUAAUGAAAAUUAUUAUAUUAGAAUUUGGAUAGCGAAAUUAUAUGAAAAUUGGGACAUAUACAACAUAAUAUGUUUACUAUUGGAGAAUGUUAAGUGAUGAGUUUAACAUUUUUGGAGCAUUCAAAAAAAAAAAAUUAUAAAACACAUCCAAACCAAACUAUUAAUAUUAGGAAACUUUAGGGAGGCUUAUUGACAAGUUAGUUUAAUUGUGAUUUUUAUCACCUAUAGGAAAUGUUAAAGUUAGUUUUUUUCCUAAGUUAUUUUAACUUGCUGAUUCAAAUAUUCGAACUAAAACUAUCAGGUAAAUGGGCUUUUUGAUAAGAGUUUAACCAAAUUUUUCCCAUCAAAUUUGAACAUUUCAACUAAACCAACAGAUAAGUAUUAGAUAACAUUAAUCAAACUUUUUAUAGAAUAAAUAAUUCAAAAAUCUUGAAAAAUAACACAUUUCAUAUUAUUGGAAAUCUUCUAGAACAUAUCAACUGGUGAAUAGUAAUAUAGUGUCGAUAAUAUAGAUAUAGACAUAGAUAGAUAUCGAUUUGUUUAGCUGGCAAAAUAAUUAAUUUAAGUUUUGAAAUGAUGAGAAUAUAGACUACAAUCAAGAUUUUGAAAUCAACUCAUUAAAUUUUGGGAAUUAAAAUAAAUAGAAAAUCAACAAAAAAGGAAUUGAGAGUUUGAAAAUAAUUUAAAUUUAGAAAUGAUGAGAAUAUUAGUCUACAAUCAAGAUUAGGAAUCAAAAUAAACAGAAAAUCUAUAAAAAAAAAAAAAAGGGAAUUGAGAGUUUGGAAAUAAUUUAAAUUUUGAAAUGAUGAUAAUACAGCCUACAAUCAAGAUUUUGAAUCAACUCCUUACAUUUUAGAAAUUAUGAUAAACAGAAAAUCUACAAAAAUAGGAAUUGAGAGUUUAAAGGUCUGGAAUGGCUUCUAACCAAAAACCCCUUCUGUAAUUUAUAUAGAUAUAGAUCUAGAUUGUGGUGUAAAAUUUGUUUGUCGAGAACAAAUGCAUUAGGAAGUGAGCAUUGGAGUAAAGACUUGUUCUUGAUGACCUCAGGCGAUUUCAAAUUACUACUAUUAGUCAUCCAAGUCUUACAAAUUCUUGUGAAUUAAGUAGACACUUAACAAAUAGCCGCUCUACCUGGACUUUUAGUUCUCGAGACUUCUUCUGUGUUUCUUUAUCAAGUCAAUACUCCAGGUGAACGUCAGCUGAUGGUUGAUUUACUUUGCCGGAUUCCUGCAUCAAGGAAGAUGCUAAUCCAAGUCCAGCAGCACUUGUAUAAAUAGACCACAACAUUCUUGUCCCAUUAAGCUGUAAACCACAAAGCAUUCUGCUUCUAUUUGCAUCAGUUACUAAAGGGGCAUUAACCAUGGAGAUUGUAGCUCUAUCUGUCUCAGUAGUCAUUGCUGUUUUCACUAUUGCUCUUUCUGCAUUUGCCUUUUUCAAGCCUGAGUCAGAAACCGACAUCAAGCUUCCACCAGGGAGCUUUGGAUGGCCAAUUAUCGGCGAAACGAUGGAAUUCUUGUUCGGGAAGCCUGAAAAGUUUGUUAGAGACAGGAUGAAGAAGUAUUCCCCUGACAUCUUCAAGACUAAAAUUCUCGGAGAAAAAACAGCAGUCAUUUGUGGUCCAAAUGGUCAUAAAUUUCUCUUUUCUAAUGAGCAAAAGCUCUUCACUGCAUUUCGACCACAUCCCACCCAAAGGCUAUUCCGUUCAUACCAGACUAAAGCGGGCGCCGGUGCCACCCUGCCACCGCGUCCUCCUCCUUCUACUCCUGUUGCUGCGGAUCAAAGAAAGCCACGAAUCGAUGAAGAGACUAAAGUCAUAAGACAGCCUGGAUUUCUGAAACCUGAAGCAUUGGCUCGAUUUUUGGGGAAAAUUGAAUCCAUCACCCGGCAUCUUUUGCAAACUCAUUUGGAAGGAAAAGAUGAAGUGAAGGUCUUCCCCCUGGCCAAGACUAUAACUUUGACAAUUUCUUGCAAAUUUUUCUUAGGCACGGACAACCCAGAGCGAAUUGCGAGGCUCGUGGAUCAUUUCGAUGAUGUAACAGUAGGGAUGCAUUCGAUCAUGGUGAAUUUUCCAGGAACGAUAUACAAUCGCGCGAACCAGGCUGCAGCAGCAAUUAGGAAGGAGCUCCUGGACGUGAUCAAGGAGAAGAAAGAAGCAAUGGCAGCAGGGAAGCCAAUGCACGACAUACUGUCUUACAUGAUUGUUGUCACCGAUGCAACUGGAAAAAGAAUGCCUGAGGCUGAGAUUGCUGAUAAGAUCAUGGGCUUGAUUACCGCAGGGCACAGCACGGUUGCCAGCACCAUAACUUUCUUGAUGAAAUAUGUUGGAGAAAGGCCCGAUAUCUACAGCAAGAUCAGAGUAGAGCAAAUGGAGAUAGCAGCCUCAAAGAAGCCGGGAGAGUUCUUGGAAUGGGAAGAUAUGCAGAAAAUGAAGUACUCCUGGACCGUCAUUUGCGAGACAAUGAGACUAACUCCACCCCUUCAGGGAACAUUCAGGGAAGUUCUAACCGAUUUUACCUACGCUGGUUACACCAUUCCAAAAGGAUGGAAGGUGUACUGGACAGUAAGCACCACUAACAUGAACCCAGCAUACUUCAAGGAUCCUGAGAAGUUCGAUCCUUCGAGGUAUGAUUCAAGUGGAGAAGGCAGAGGUGUUGCAGCAUAUACCUAUGUUCCGUUUGGUGGUGGACCAAGAUUGUGCCCCGGAAAAGAGUAUGCUAGAUUGGCUAUAUUAGCAUUCGUCCACAAUGUGGUCAAGAACUACAAAUGGGAGGUUUUGUUCCCUAAUGAAAAGAUCACCGGUGACAUGAUGCCCACCCCAGAAAAAGGACUUCCCAUACGUUUGCAGCCUGCAUCAUCAUCUUAAUUACUUCCAACUUAACGGAUUGAGGCCGGAAUAAUUAAGCAUCCAAGUUUUUGUUUUUUUUAUCGUUUUAUCUUUUAAGCAGUGUAUUCCAGAUUAUUUCUUUUGCAUUCGUCAUCGUCCUGUGCCCCUGGGGCUUUGGUCUGGUGGUCGUAGCUUACUUAAGUACCAUUACUAAGAAUGGAAUCCCCGAUGCAAUAACCCACACGGCUUGGAUAGAUUGGUAUGGGACACGUGUGGAUUAGUCUGGUGAUUCAGGAUACCACACGUGGUCACUUGACAAAAAAAAAAAAAAAAAAU